AUGCUGCAGAGGAAAAAGUGGGACCUUGGAUGGCCCUUUCGCACCGCCUCGCACGGCCUGUCGCCUGAGUCAGCUUCUACAUUGGAAGCAGUGUUAACCUUCAAGUACUCAGGAGGAGCAGGCAAAGUGGAGGGCUACUACCGUGAGCUCUCUCUGGGCGUUCAUGUGGAUGUGGAGCCUUCAGUGUUCUUCACACGAGUCAGCACACUCCCAGCAACCAGCACACGCCAGUGUCACCUACUGCUGGACAUCUUUAACCCCACAGAGCAUGAGUUGACUGUGAGCGCCAGCAACAACCAGGACCUGGUGCUUCACGCCAGUGAGUGUCAAAGAAUGGCCAUUCAGGUGGAUAAAUUUGACUUUGAGAAUGUGCCCGAGCCAGAGAAGGAGCCAGCACACUUUGCUAACCUCAGACACAUGGAGGAGGAGCGCCAGCAUGCCCGCGGCUGUCAGAUCAACAGGAAGCUGGCCAUCUGCUGGACCAUCCCUUCUCUGCAGCGACGAGGAGAGGCUAGUGUGGAGGGGGUCCUCAACCAGCUGGUCCUGGAGCACCUGCAGCUGGCCCCUCUUCAGUGGGACGUCCUGGUGAACGGCGCCCCCUGUGACUGUGACGUGGUAGUGCAGUGCAAAGUGGGCGAUGCUGUGACUCUGGAGGUGAAACUGACCAACAGGAGUAAGAGCGCCGUAGGGCCGCUGGCGCUCACGGUCAUGCCCUACCAGGACUUCCAGAACGGGGUGCAGAACUACGACCUGGAGGACGCCGUCACCUUCAUCGGCUCCAACACGUUCAAUAUCGGCUCGGUGCAGCCCAAAGAGAGCCAAGAGUGCGUCGGUGCUCUGCUCUUCCUCUACACCGGAGACUUCUACCUCAAUAUUAAGUUCCAGGAGGACGGCGCGGGGAGACACUUACCCCUGGCCUGGUUCACUCUGCCCAGCGUCCACAUCCAGGCCCUGGACACGCCGCUGCAAGCCGGGGCCUAG